GAGAAUUGUUAAAGGAUGCAGAUACACGUGAUAUAGUGGCCAUUAAAGUACUCAAAGAUUCUGCUACCAAAGAAGCAGAAGAGGAUUUCUUUAGAGAAGUUGAAAUAAUGAGUGCAUUUCAACAUAGAAAUAUAUUAUCUUUUGUGGGAGUUGUACCUAGAGAAGGUAACGUAUGUCCCAUGAUGGUAUUCGAAUACAUGGAACACGGCGAUCUGGCUGAGGUCCUGCGUAGUCAACAUCGAUGGUCCGCCGGAUCCGAUGACAGUCCGCCAACUGUACCUCAAUUAUCAACGGAAGAUCUCCUGGGAGUAUCGUUGCAAAUAGCCAAAGGCAUGGAAUAUUUGGCAUCGCAAAGGUUCGUGCAUAGAGACUUGGCCUGCAGGAAUUGUCUGGUCGCCCAAGGACCCGUAGUUAAAAUUGCCGAUUUUGGCAUGAGCAGAGAUGUAUAUACAUGUGAUUAUUAUAAGAUUCUGCGUAAAAUUCUGUAA